UAUGUACAUUGGAGUAUUUGUAUCCAUUCUCUCCACCAUCAUUUUCUUCCGGAAACACAAUAGAGAUGAACCUAUUACAAAUUGGCCAAUCAUUGGUAUGCUCCCUUCGGUUCUACAAAAUUUGUCCAAUAUCCAUUAUCUUACAACCGAAGCUUUGAAACAUUAUGGAGGCACCCUAAUGUUUAAAGGACCCUGGUUCACAAAUACCAACUUUAUCCUCACCAGCGAUCCCAUGAACGUGCACCACAUCACUAGCAAGAAUUUUGGCAACUAUGGGAAAGGGUCAAAUUUCAAUGAGAUUUUUGAAGUUUUAGGAGGUGGGAUUAUUAACUCUGAUGAUCUCCAUGCAUGGAAACAAGAGAGAACAAUGCUCCACUCAUUGCUUAAAAGGGAAAGCUUUAAGAUCUUCCUUCAAAAAACCAUUCAGAAGAAGCUGGAGAAUUGCUUAAUACCCUUUCUUGACCAUGCAUCCAAAGCUGGAGCUGAAGUGGACUUGCAAGAUGCCUUUCAGAGGUUUACCUUUGACAAUGCUUGCUGUAUGGCGUUUGGAUAUGAUCCUAAUUGCCUUCCAAACAAGUUCAGUACUAAGCUCUCACACUUUGCUUAUCAGAAAGCUUUAAUUGUGCUUGAGGAUGUAGCAUUCCACAGGCACAUCACACCAAGAUGUUUGUGGAAGCUGCAGGAGUGGCUUCAAAUUGGUAAAGAAAAGAAGUUUAAGGAGGCCAUAGAAGCUUUUGAUAAGUUCUUGUUUGAACGUAUUGCAUCUAAACGCGAAGAGCAAAGUAGAUGCAAUAAUCACACCAAAAAAGAAGAUGACAAUACUCAUUCUGACCUGAUAAGGGUGCUAAUGGAGGAAGGAGCUGAAAAAGGGAAAAUAAUGGAUGACAAGUAUCUUAGAGACACUGCAUUUACCCUUGUUUCUGCUGGAAGUGGCACAGUUAGUGCAGGUCUCAGUUGGUUCUUUUGGCUCGUUUCAACUCAUCCAGAUGUGGAAGCUAAAAUUUUUCAAGAGAUAAAAGAUAACUGUGUGAAUCAAGAUGGAGAUUGGAUUGCUUCAAGUGUGGAAGAGUUUGGUAAGCUAGUUUACCUCCAUGGAGCUAUAUGUGAAGCCUUGAGGCUUUUUCCUUCAAUUCCCUUUGACCACAAGUGUGCAAUCAAAUCUGAUAUACUUCCAAGUGGACACCAUGUUAGUCCAAAUACCAUGAUAUUAUACUCUUUGUACUCAAUGGGAAGGAUGGAACAGAUUUGGGGAGAUGACUACUUGGACUUUAAGCCAGAGAGAUGGAUUUCAGAGAGAGGAAACAUUAUACACAUUCCAUCUUACAAGUUCAUAGCUUUCAAUGCAGGGCCAAGAAGUUGUUUGGGUAAAGAUGUUACCCUUAUUGAAAUGAAGAUGGUUGCAGUUGCUUUACUGUGGAGGUUUCACAUGCAGGUGGUGGAAGGCCAUCCUAUAACCCCAAGGCUUUCUAUGAUACUUGCCAUGGAACAUGGCUUGAAGGUCAAAGUUACUGAAAGAUGCACUUGAUAGCAGGAUUCAGUGCUCUCAAACAUCCCAAGUGAUUGAUGAUAUAUGUUAUGUAUCUCUUUUAAAUUAUAACCUUUUUUUUUGUACUUACCGUGUUUUUGUUUGUGAUUGUUAAAAUAAUGUU